UCACUCUCACACGUUACGCACACGCUCUGUGGCGCGCGCGCGCACGCACGCAUGCGCGCACCGCACCGCACGCACGCAGACACCUCUUCCCCCGCACCCUCCCCUCGUCUCGGUGCCGUCUCAUUCACUCCAGCGCGCCCAUCCACGCACUGACUCCGACUCGACGAAGGGGAGGGGGGGCGGGGUUGGAUAUAAACCUCCAGGAGGAGGCCACGAGCCACACUGAGACUGGACGCACUCGCAGUGCAGAGACCACAAGCAAGAAGACUCCGAAGCCGGGAGUAGAAGUACCAACAAAUUGAUCCUGGAGCUUAGCGAGCAGAACAAGUCAAGCGAGAACAGCGCGUUUGGUUCCGCGGACUGUCUGCUGGAGCUCCGACACAAUCCGAUUCGUCACUCCGCUAUACGCCAGUUCCUCUGGACAUAGCCGCUAAAAACAGUUGGUAGUAAACUCUUUGGAGUUUGGCAAGAGUCACUUUAUUUGUUUCUUUCUUCGCUUGUGAGAGUGGACUGCACUGGAGCUUGGGUUCGAGCGAGCCCCGUCGCGGUCGGGUUUGGACCAGGCGCAUCCUUCCUCUUCUUCUGUUUUUCACGCGUCUCCAGAAGUUUUUGGCCGCCGAGCGCAGAUCUGAAGAGUCCGAGAGGAGCUCAGCAGCUGCUGCCCCGAGCACCAGCUCCCAGGACACCCGAGAGCCCAGGACGAGAGUUCACAGAGAAACUCAACUUUUGAGCUCCCUUACUGAUACAGACAUGACAGAUUGUCUGAAGUGCUAAAACCCACAAAUCCAUCGAUUCUCCAGCGGGGUUGCGAAGAUAAGCCCGAAGAUCGGAAACAAGUGCAGCAACUUGCAACAAGGAAGUCAAAGAAACAACCUGGUUAAACAAGCAGUCAUAGAAACAAGAACAUCUGCAUCCUUUAUCUACUGAAAGCCGACCCGAUGGCGUGGUCAGCGCUCACGGGCCCCUGUGUGGCCCUCCUCCUUCUCUUUUUCGGUUUGACCUCCUGCACUCCCUCCGGCCCCGCCUCCGCCACCUGUGCCACCCUGGAGCAGAGCCGCUUCUUCGGCGUAUUCUCCUCCACGACCACGUUGCCCUCCACACCGUGCUCCUGGACCCUGCAGAACCCCGAUCCCCGCCGCUACACGGUCUACAUGAAAAUCACCAAGCCCACCGACUCCUGCGUGCCCCGCCAGAUCAGGACCUUCCAUUUCGACUCCUUCAUCGAGACCUCCCGCACCUACCUGGGUAUGGAGAGCUUCGACGAGGUAGUCAGGCUGUGCGACGCCUCGACCACCGUCACCUACCUGGAGUCGAGCAAGCAGUUCCUGCAGAUCCGCAAAGUGGCACCAAGGAAUGGGCUUGAGAUUGUGGAGAGUGAUGGUAGUGAAUUCAAGGCCGAAUUUCUGGUCGUGGGGAAGAGGAACCCAAGUAUGCCCGCCUGCCAGAUGCUGUGCCAAUGGCUGGAGAAGUGCCUGUCCAGCAGCACCCAUGAUUAUCCCUGUGGCAUCAUGAGCACCCCCUGCCAGUGCUGGGAGGCCCCGAAGAGGAAACCAGGAAGCUGCUACAGAGGCGGUGUCUACGUUGAGAAAUGUGUCGGUGUUGCCAAAGACAAUGGACGCGACGCUGAGAUUAUCAAAGGCUGGGCCGGUUGGGGUCGCUGGUCCGUGUGCAGCCAGGAAUGUGGCGGCGGAGUCCAGGUGCGCAGCCGAACCUGCCAGCCCGAGGACGUUGUGUGCGAGGGAACGGUCGAAGAGGGGCGAGCCUGCAACCCUCAGGCCUGCAUUGGCAAAGAGCGCAACAGGAGCCAGGGUCUGCGGGCCAUCGUCGGUAUGAGGACAGACGGUGCGCCUGAUUCCAGCCAGGGAGUUGUCGCAACCCAAACAGAAGAUAGUAAGACCGAUGAGUGGUCCCCCUGGAGUGCAUGUUCAAUCACCUGUGGGGAGGGCUAUCAGGGCCGUACCCGCGUCUGUGCCACUUCCUCCUUCACCGCCCAGUGCACUGGACCCCUGCGUGAGACCCGGCCCUGCAGCAACGUCGCCGUCUGUCCUGUGGACGGUGCCUGGGACGAGUGGACCCCCUGGAGCCUGUGUUCGUCCACAUGCGGCCGUGGUUAUCGUGACCGUACCCGCACAUGCAAGCUGCCCCAGAACGGAGGAGAGCCCUGCCGCGGUCCCACCAGACAAACCAAGUUCUGCAACAUCGCCGUCUGCCCAGUGGACGGAUCCUGGAAUGAGUGGUCUGCCUGGAGCGCGUGCUCUGCCUCCUGCUCCAACGGCACCAUGCAGAGGACCCGGGAAUGCAACGGGCCAUCCUAUGGCGGCUCAGAGUGCCACGGCGGCUGGAAGGAGACAGCCAACUGCUUCCUGAAAGAUUGUCCCGUUGACGGACGCUGGCAUUCAUGGAGCUCGUGGGGCAGCUGCAGCAAGACUUGCGGCGGAGGCAUUCAGCAGAGACAGAGAGCCUGUGAAGGGCCCUUCUUCGGAGGAGAACCUUGCCCUGGAGAGAGGGGAGAGCAGAAGCGCUGCAAUGAGAAGAGAUGCCCCGAGCCCCAUGAGAUCUGCCCCGAGGAGAACACUGGUGAUGUUGUGUGGAAGAAAACGCCCGCUGGAGACAUGGCUGCCAUCGCUUGCCCCGCUGAUGCCGCAGGUCUGAUUCUGCGCCGGUGCAGUCUGGACGCUGUAGGCCUCGCCUCCUGGGAGAGCCCGGCUCACAUCAAGUGCGUCUCCAAGAACUAUGAGAACAUUCAGACGCUGUCAAGGGACUACAUCUCCAAAGCGCAGAUGGGACAGAGCGUGGACGGGGUCGCCGAGGUGAUUUCACGUCUGAGAUUCUCCUCCGAUGAAGGGACCAAGUACAGCGGUGACCUCUUGGCCAUUAUGGAAAUGCUGAAGAACACCACUGAACUGUACAAGGGCACCAGGCUGAGACUGAGCAACGCUGAUGUGGUGAACUACAUCCAGACCAUCAGCAACUUACUGAAGGAGGAACAUCAUGACAAAUGGGAAGAAGUACAGCUGAUGGGCGCCAGCGUUAAGGAGUUUUUCCGCCUGGUAGAGGACUUUGUGAACAUGCUCGGUGUGCAAAUGAGCGGCUUCCAGGACGUUUACGAAGUCACCGAGAAUUUUGUGCUGAGCAUCCACAAGAGACCAACAGCUACAAACUCCAACUUCACCUUCCCCGUGAAGGGCUGGAGGGGCAUGCUGGACUGGGUCAGGAACUCCGAGGAGAAGAUCUCAGUGUCCCGCGACGCUUUAUCCAUUAAAGAGUCUGACGGCAAUGAUGCUUUUGUGACCGGCAUCGUCCUCUACAGAAACCUUUCAUCUAUUCUGUCCCUGCAGAGUAACAGCAGCCUGCUCAACUCCAAGGUGGUGACCGUGAUCGUCAACCCUACGACGACCCUCCUGUCAUCCCCCGUUGAGAUUGAGUUCCCCCACCUUCACAAUGGGACCAUGAAUGAGACGUGCCUGUCAUGGGACGAGAGCGAGACUUCCUCUCUGCUCGGCUCUUGGUCGGCUCGGAGCUGCAGAUCGGUCCCCGUCCAUUCAUUCAGGACCAAGUGCGUGUGUGACAGCCCCUCCACCUUCGCCAUCUUAGCGCGCGUCAACUUCGACUCGAUCAUGGACAAGGCACUGCUCCCGUCCGUGACUCUCAUCGUUGGCUGUGGGGUCUCCUCUCUCACCCUGCUGCUCCUCAUCAUCAUCUAUGUCUCCGUGUGGAAGUACAUCCGCUCCGAGCGCUCCGUUAUCCUCAUCAACUUCUGCCUCUCCAUCAUCUGCUCCAAUGCCCUCAUUCUCAUCGGACAAACUCAGGCUCGCAACAAGGUGGUGUGCACUCUCGUGGCUGCUUUACUGCACUUCUUUUUCCUCUCCUCCUUCUGCUGGGUGCUGACGGAGGCUUGGCAGUCCUACAUGGCUGUCACUGGUCGUCUGCGCAACCGCAUUAUCCGCAAGCGCUUCCUGUGCUUAGGCUGGGGCCUUCCUGCACUGGUGGUGGCUGUGUCAGUGGGUUUCACAAAGGCUAAGGGAUACGGCACUGUCAACUACUGCUGGCUGUCUCUUGAGGGUGGACUCCUCUACUCCUUCGUCGGCCCUGCUGCAGCUGUUGUGUUGGUGAAUAUGGUCAUUGGUAUUCUGGUCUUCAACAAGCUGGUAUCCAAGGACGGCAUCACCGACGUGAAGCUGAAGGAGAGAGCUGGGGCAUCACUGUGGAGCUCCUGCGUGGUUCUGCCUCUCCUGGCACUCACCUGGAUGUCUGCCGUCCUGGCCAUCACCGACCGCCGAUCAGCCCUCUUCCAGAUCCUCUUUGCCGUGUUCGACUCUCUGGAGGGUUUCAUCAUCGUCAUGGUUCACUGCAUCCUGCGCAGAGAGGUUCAAGAAGCAGUAAAGUGCAGAGUAGUUGACCGCAAGGACGACGGCAAUGGAGACUCUGGCAGUUCCCUUCACAAUGGCCACACCCAGCAUAUGCAGUCUGAUAACGAAAAGGAUGGAGAUUCGAGUAGGCAAGGAAUGAAGAGCUCCUCUGAAGAGAAGAUGGCCCCUCCCCAGAUGCCUCUUCCCAUGGGCUCCAACUUCCACACACUGCCAUCCAACCCCAGUAAGAGCCACAUGCAGGCGGUGCCUGAAUACUCCAGCCACACCCUCACCCUGAAGAGAGAGAAGAGCCGACUGACGGGCGGAGUUGACCCAUCCUGUGGGAAACCUGUGUACGUCUGCGAGGGGGAGAUCUUCAAGCAGCUGGAUGCCGAUCUCAUCCGGGCUCAGGCCGAGGGCAGCAUCUCCGAUGGCAGCGGCUACGUCCUCAUGCCCAACACCACCUCCACCCUGAGGACAAAGCCCAAAGAUGACCCCACAAAAUACAACAUCAGCGUGGAGCAGAUGCCACAGGCCCGACUGAUGCACCUCGGCGGGCCCUUUGCCGAGCCCCAGUCUGCUUUUGGGAUCAAGUCCAUCCCAUCCGACCAGGUCAGCGUGUCGUACUCAGAGAGAGACUCGCCCAUCCAGAACAUCCACAACAUGUCCAGCGAGUCUCACAUCACCCACAGCAGCUUGGAGAACACCUUCGAGUCCAUGAACUCCAUGAUGUCGAAGAGCGAGACCAUCUCCACGCUCUCCAUGAGCUCCUUGGAGAGACAGAAAUCCCGUUAUGCUGAGUUGGACUUUGAGAAAAUAAUGCACACAAAGAAACGCCACCAGAACAUGUUCCAGGACCUGAACAGGAAGCUACAUCAUGCUGAGAAAGACAGGGAGUCACCUGCUUCAGACAGCAAGUCUGUGAGAUGGAGUGUGUCUUCAGGAGGAAGUGACAAAACGAACCACAGCGACAAACAGCAGGCUCCAAUGGAGAGGCCGUGGGAGGGAGUCCGGGGAAUACCGCAGUCCCCCCCUGCGUGGGUGCGCAAAGACCUGGAGCCCCUAGCCGCCUCGCCUCUGGAGCUGCACUCUGUGGAUUGGGAGAAAACCGGCACCACCAUCCCUCUAGUGGGGCAGGACAUCAUCGACCUGCAGACAGAGGUCUGAGGGGGAGGAGGGGGGCUAGCGAAGCCACCUGAUUUCACCUCGGUCACCUUUUUGGUUAAGGAAAGUGAUCCUGUAAGGAUAGAGUAGCGGAAAACCACGAAAGGGAGAAAAGUGAGAGAGUAGGCCCCAGAAUCAAUGUCUUCAAACCCUCAGCCAGAGCGGGAAGGGAAGGAGGAGGGACAUAGAUGGGAACGUAAAAUGUAGCUUCUCUGUGUGGACUUACAGUAUCUCGAGUCAGAGUGCUCUGAAGGGUAACAGGGUUAGUGGAGUGUCCAGUUAUUUCCACGGACCAGGACUGGCUGUGGUUCCUUUAAGGCAUCACUGGGAGUUUUCUGAACCCGUCCGUCUGGGUCCAGAGGAUACGUGGUCGACAUGUCAGUGCUUCUUAUUUUCCUUCAACUCAACCAUGGAGAAAAAUGUCAUGAUAUCAGAACGGCGCGUCCUCCCUGCUUUUUCGGGAGGAGCGACCGGAAAACUCUCUGGCUGCUUCGCUACCAGCCAGGUUCUCAUCCAGAACGGGACAAGGCACGAGAGGAAAAGGGACCAGUUCCACGUUUGGAGUCCAACGCUCUCUCUUUGUUCGAUGGGCACACGCGCAUUUUAGCUUUGCACCGUGGGUUAUUUUAUUUUAGAUUUUCAGUUUGUGUGUUUAUUCGUACGGCUUCACGCCUGGAACUACUACAGCAGAAUUGAAUAAGAGACUCAACCCUGAGAAAAUAACAGGCUUAAUCACGCUGAUAGUCCUUAUUAUUAUUCCGAUGAUUAUUGUCAGUGUUAUGAUUAUUAUUGCUGUUAUUAUUAACCUAUAAUUUAGUUUUUAUUUUUCAUUCCCCACACUGUCAGGCACAAGUUGAUUUUUUUAUGUGUUCUGAGCCCAUCUGGACUGCAUCGGGACAAACAAAUACCGAGUGGUGAUGGGGGUAGUGGAUAGCUACCCAACAUGCUCCUGGUUUCGCCAGCAUUCUGCUUCUGAACCAAAACACCAGCACCAGGAUGAACACAGACUCUCACACAGGAAGAGCAGUGCACUCCGGAAAAUGCUGGGUGGAAAAUGUGAGGAGGCGUCGCCUCCGUCUCUCAGCAGGCACAAGAUGCAGGCUCUUCCAUGUCGUAUCUACGGAUUCAAGGGGUCAGCGAGACCUUUCACCAUCGCCCUUUUGUUUCUCAGCCUUGCAGGACUCUUGGACAGAGCAGAGGCUCCCGGCGCUGAAAUGACUUCCAGUCCAGCGUCCGGUCCUCGAAACUUCAACACGUUUGUGUUUUCCGCCAUCAGUGUGAAAUAGUGCAAUAUGAUGGGCGCUUGAUGCUCAAGCAGGACUGAUAUUAUGAUUUAGGCAGAGUUUUUUCUUACCGAUGUUUCAAAACUUUUGUACCAUCUUCCUCAUAUUUACAGAGCAUUAUAAAUGCUUUAUGAGAAUAUUGUAUAACAAAUCUGUAUUAGUAAUUCAAGGAAUUUAUUCACUAGAGAUUUGUUAGCACAAGACUCCAUAUUUGGAGCUGUGACAGGUAGAUAAUUGUACUUCUAUAGAGUGAACAUUAUAUAGAAUGAAUGAUAGCCUAUGAAUAUCUCUAAACUGUGCUUCAGGAUAUUUGUUAUUACUCGCCGCUGUGUAGCGAUGAGUAAUUGAACCUCAUGUCUUCUGUAACUGUGUGUUUUUGAUAAUCCUGUCCGUAACUCAACAGUAUGUAUUACCAGCCAAUUUCCCCUGUCCCUUCGAAUUCGUCUGUCUUGCCCACAGCCUGAUUCAUACCUCGAGUUACUCGUAUUGUAUUCCCCAUUUGUAUUUUCUUGUCUCUACUUUGUUUUUUUAAGUUCUGUUUUACCCUCUGUAGGUGUACAAUUUUCACAGCACAAAAUGAAUGUGACCUAUUUCUAAUAAAAGACAUAUAUAUUAAAUCAA